AUGGUCCCACAUAUUGGCAGUGAGGUGACAGCUUUUGUGUUGAGCUGUGUCUUCCCCCGGCGGCCUCUCUAUGGCGAUGUAUCAGUGAGCAGUCUCCACUCCGGAGGCGAGGCUUUCUUCUCCUGUCUCAGUGGCUACAUGCUGCAGGGCUCCAGUCUGCUGACCUGCCGCAAUGCUAGCACCCCCUACUGGAGUGGCAAUGAACCACACUGCCUAGCUGCGUGUGGUGGUUUGAUCAGGAACGUCACAGUUGGUCGGAUCGUCUCUCCUGGGUUUCCCAGCAACUACAGCAACAACCUGACCUGCCACUGGCUGCUGGAGGCCCCUGAGGGCCAUAGACUACAUAUCCACUUUGAGAAGGUGGCACUGGCUGAGGAUGAUGAUCGGCUGCUGAUCAAAAAUGGUAACAGCAUAGAUGCAGCUGCCCUGUAUGAUUCAUAUGAGGUGGAGUAUCUUCCCAAUGAAGGUCUACUCAGCACGUCCAGGCACCUCUUCAUUGAGCUGACUUCAGAUGCUACUGGCACAUCCACUGGAAUUGCCAUCAGGUAUCAAGGCUUUGCAGCAGGCCACUGCUACGAACCCUUCGUGAAGUACGGUAACCUGACCAGUAGCGACAACACUUGGGCAGUGGGAGCUGUGGUGGAGUUUGCCUGUGACCCCGGCUAUACUCUGGAACAGGGAUCUGUCACCAUUGAAUGCAUGGACCCCAACUAUCCCCAGUGGAACGAGACCGAGCCUGCUUGCAGAGCUGUGUGUAGUGGCGAGAUCACAGACUCUGCUGGAGUGGUGCUGUCUCCUAACUGGCCUGAAGCCUACGAUAAAGGCCAAGACUGUAUUUGGGGAAUCCACGUUGAGGAGGACAAGAGGAUCAUGGUGGACAUUCAAGUGUUGAACAUUGGGAAGAAUGACAUUUUGACCUUUUAUGAUGGAGAUGACCUCACAGCUAAAGUACUGGGUCAGUAUGGAGGAUCAAAGUCCCGAUUUAAGCUCUACACCUCCACCGCAGACGUCACCAUCCAGUUCCAGUCAGACCCUGCCACCAACGUCUACGGCUACGGCAACGGCUUCAUAGUCCACUUCUUUGAAGUAGCUCGUAAUGACAGCUGCCCUGAGCUUCCAGAGAUCUCUAACGGCUGGAAGAGUACAUCUCACCCUGAGCUCGUUCAAGGCACUGUGGUGACCUACCAGUGUUACCCUGGUUAUCAGGUGGUGGGUGCCGAGCUGCUCAUGUGCCAAUGGGACCUGACCUGGAGCGGCGACCUACCAAGCUGUGAGAGAGUGGUGUCUUGCCCUGACCCUGGAAAGGUGGAUCACAGCAGACGGGUGCUGUCAGGUCCCCAUUUCACCGUGACUUCAACCAUCCAGUACAUCUGCAACAAGGGCUUCAUUCUGUCUGGAAACAGCUUGCUCACCUGUUUCAAUCGAGGGUCCUCAGGCCCCAAGUGGAACCAGAAGCUGCCUAAAUGCCUGCCGGAGACUUUCGAGCCCUGCAGUCACCCAGGAACACCUACAUAUGGGAUCCCCAGCUCCAACAAGCUCCACUUCCAGGCUGGAGAGAACCUCUACUACUCCUGUCUGAUUGGCCAUCAGCUGCUGGGUGAGCCUGUUCUUCACUGUGUCCCUGGACACCCAUCCCACUGGAGUGGGCUGCCACCUGUCUGCAAAGCUCACCCAGCGGCAUCAGAUCAGCACCGAUUAGAUGUGUCUACUGCAUACCUAAGAAUGGAGGGGGCCCAAGUAGCAUUUGCUGUCUUCAUCCCCAUCAUCCUCCUCCUUGUCCUCGUUAUGGGGAUCUACCUCUACUUCUCAAAGGUUCAGAGGAAGCCACCACAUCUCUCCCUGUCGUCCAACCUACCAUAUGAAAACAUCACUGGAGAAUGUACGUUUGACAACUCAGUUUAUGAGACAACGAACAAUGAGGAAACAAGAGAAUAUGAGGUUUCGAUCUGAAGACACCAGUGUAUGUGUUUCAGUAUGGACAGAUAAGAAGCCUGCUGGCCUUUCCAACGUCUGUCAGACUCACACCUUUGGUGACUCCCUUCACCCUGUUCUCUGUACACUGAAUAUGAGCCUCCCUUUAUUUAUCCAACAGAGGACACCACACUACCCCUGGAAAGGCUGGGCUACCGGAUUAUUUUUCUAGCUCUUCAACAGCAACCGUCCAGCAGCAGCAGUUUGUACAGUUUUUAAUCCUGUGCUUGCAUCCUGAGGACUUCCAGUGCAAAGUGCCAUCUCAGAAAGCAGGGAAUCAAUGCGAAGCUUGUGCUAUUAAAUGCAUAUAACCACAGAUGUUACAUUGUGUUAUGUACAUUAUACGCUAUAUGUCUCCUGCCACCAUUUAAAGACCAUUCCUUGGAUUUAUGGGAUGUCUAUUAAGAGUAAAAUCUUACAAUUGAAACAACAGCAUUUGCUUUUAACAGAGUAUGCCCAAAUAAUUUGCUCUUUGAAUUGAUGCAACCUUCUGAGAUAAAAAAAAAAAAAAAAAAUCAGAAUGUGCCUUAAAUAAAAAGGGCCUUGAAGGAAUAUCUAUCUUUCUGAGAGUGAGAUGAGAAAAUUGAUAUCAUUAUCGUCUGCGUGUUAAGUACGGAGCUGGACUAAAAAAAUGCUAGAUUAUAGUUACCGAACAUAGUUUUGGGCUCUCAAGUCUCACGCAUUCACCAUGAGACAUGUAUUUGAACCAGUUCACACGCUCACACGCCACACCUUCUAUAAACCCAGUGAAAGCGAUAAUUGACGCGCCUGCAUCAAUCCCUCCCUUUUUUCACAUCAUUUAUGAACGCCAUUCCAAUCAUUAUUGGGCUUUUUAAAGAAACUUCGGACACUCAGCUGCCGUUACAGUUUGCAAUAUGUGCGCACCGCCGCUGCGCGAUUCACACAAUUCACACAAUCAUUAACCCUCGGGUUGUCCUCGGGUCAAAUUUGACCCAUUUUUAAAAAAAAAUGGGUUUAUCAGAAAAGUGGAUUUCUUUCAACCAAAUUUUCAGAAAAAUAACGCGGAUUGUUCCACACAAUGCUCUUCACACGUAAAAUAAAUGAUCAGCCCACUACUUUCUUUAAAUCUGGAUGUUUUAUUCAAUUUUAUAGCAUUAAAAAAA